AUGCUCAUGUUUACACCAGAACAGGUGCCAAAGUAUGAGAACGAUAAAGCUCAGCCAAUCGAUCCGGACCUGACGGCCAAAAUGCUGGGCCGGGGCGUUGCCGUGUCCCCGGUCGUAACCGUCGAGCCUCGACGCCGCAAGUUCCACAAGGCCAUCACGCUCAGCAUGCCGGCACCUCGGGCCCACAGCCAGGGCAUGAUCAACCAGUACUCGGGCAAUGCCCCAACCCUGCGACUACUGUGCUCCAUCACCGGUGGUACAACUCGCGCCCAGUGGGAAGACGUCACCGGUUCCACUCCGCUGACCUUCGUCAACGACUGCGUAUCCUUCACCACCACUGUAUCCGCUCGCUUCUGGCUUAUGGACUGCCGAAACAUAGCCGAUGCCACCAAAAUGGCGACUGAACUGUACAAAGAAGCCAUACACGUUCCGUUUAUGGCCAAAUUUGUCGUAUUCGCUAAACGCACCGAUCCGCUGGAGGCUCGGCUCCGCGUCUUCUGCAUGACAGACGAUCGCGAAGACAAGACCCUGGAACAUCAGGAGCACUUUACCGAGGUCGCCAAGAGCCGUGACGUCGAGGUACUGGAGGACAAACCGCAGUACAUCGAGUUGGCCGGCAACCUGAUACCGAUCACCAAAUCCGGCGAACAGCUAAGCCUAGCAUUCAAGGCCUUCCGAGAAAAUCGCCUACCUUUUGCAGUCCGCGUAAAAGACCAACAUGCCGAUAUCGUGGGACGAACGCUGUUCAUGCGUGAGCCUAAGAUCGCCAAGGGUGAACCGCCCCAACAACCGAUCUGCAUACUAAACAUCGUACUGCCAGAAACCAUCAUUCCAGACCAUACAACGACUAUAGAAGACUCGCAGGAAAUCGUGGUCCGCGUCGGAAGAACUGCACGAGCUUCACCACGCGAUCAGAACUAUCUCGGUGAACUGCGUGUAGUCGACAUCUCGAAUCUACUGGGCGAAGACUGGGUCAAACUAGCGCCAGAAAUCGGAAUCAGCGAUACCGACGUUGAAAAUAUUAUCGCUCAAAACCCGACUAGUAGUGCCCAGCAGGCGCAAGUCAUGCUCAAACAGUUCCAGUCCAAGACCAAGAACGACUUCAACAUUCUCGAAAAUGGUCUGCGGACGAUCCAUCGAGAUGACAUCGUUGAUCGGUGUUUAAGAAGUUCUACCACAACCACGACUACUGUUACCAUGCGGAACAAAACUGCCUUCUCGAUAAGUAAACGAAGUCACGAUGUGGACAUCAUCGCCGAAUCCGACUCCAUUGCGAAGUUGGUACAAAAAGACGAUAACCAAUAUGCCAAGGAGGAGUCCAGCAAGUACUCGGUUGAAGAAAAACACGUCGAGGAAUCGGAGGAAUCCGAAGAGGAAACCAUUAAGAAAACGGUGGCCGAGCGAAGAAAACAGAUCGAGAAGCGCCUAUCAGCUGAUCGGUCGAUACCGGCUUCGUUGCAGAAGAAGGAAAUUGUCGAAGAAAUCAUCACUAUCAAGCGAUCAAGUAUGAUUGACGAUACCCGCGCAAAGCACGAGGAAGAAAUCCUCAUGCAAAAACCCAUCGACAAUUCGUACAAAUCAUCCGUGAUACCGGAGCCUGUUGUGAAACUAAAAACCACCCAUCUCAAAGACGGUUCCAGCGUACCAAAAGAUGAGUUCGAUAAAGAACUACAGGACAAAUUCAAAUCAACUCUGAAGAAUGUUGAAGAAUUCGAACACAAGUCACAAAUCCUAACUACAGAAAAAGUCGACACCUCCGCAAAAAUAGUAGACGAAAUUGCGAAAAAAGACGCACCUGAAUUUACACCAAAACCAGACGAACAAAAAUCAAGCAUCGACCAACCAAAGGGUAAACCAACACCCGAAGAACCUAAAAUUGACCAUAAAAAGCCACACGAUGGCGACGAUGACGAUGAUGACCACCAAGAUAAGCCACCCGUUCCGAAGGAACGUGUCCCAAUCCCAACCAAACGAACCAGCGUUAUCCAAGAAGACGAAACUUCAGAAGUCAACGGUGUGGUUAGUGAAUCCACCAAGAAAGUCCAGGAGAGAAUCAGCUCGUUCGAAACAAAGUCCAGCGAGUCGAGCAAGCGCACUUCGUGGACCACCAAGGAAUCCUCAUCGAGCGGAUCGAAGCAAUGGUCCGAAGAGCAAGAGAUUCUCUCCCAGAAGUCACAACUAGAAGCCACCGAAGCUGCCCUCGGACAGUGGACCGAAGAGCAAGAAAUUCUCGCACAGAAGGCAGAAUUGGAAGCUGCAGAAACCGCCCCCGGUCAAUGGACUGAAGAAGAUGAAAUUCUCGCACAGCAGAAACAAUUUGAACAAUUAGCUGAACAACAAUCGACCAAACUAUCCGAGAUGAAAACCGAAGGAGUUGUCGAAGAGAAAGUCCAAUGGUCCGAGGAGCAAGAGAUUCUCGCCCAGAAAGCUCAACUGGAAAAGAUGGAGAAAAACAUCGAGACAAAACUGGACAAGCGGGUCGAAGAAGAGGUUCGUAAAACGGACUCGGAAUCUGCCACACUGUCCGAGAAGAAAUUCAAAGAAACUGUAGCAGAAAAAGUACAAUGGACCGAGGAGCAAGAGAUCCUUUCUCAGAAAGCUCAGUUCGAAAAGAUGGAAAAAACUAUCGAAAGCAAACUAGACCAGCGGAUCGAAGGAGCAGUUAACGAAGCUGACGCCUUUAAGCAGCAAACUGAACAAGUUUUAGAAGAACAAAUGAAACACCAGAAAGGAUUAAUUCAGGAUAAGUUCGACAAAAUGGGGGAGGAAUUCCAGUCCAAGGUAGCAGAGGAGAAAAAGGGUUUGUUCGAGAAGUUUGAGCAGAAGACGGCUGGGUUUAAAGAUUUGAAAAGCGAGGGCCACACCAAGAUAGAGUCGAUGGACCAACAGUUCCAAGAAAAGAAAUCUGAAGUGUUCAGUAAGGUUGAGGAGAAAGUUACCAGCGUUACAUCGAAAGCGGAAUCAUUCGCGGAGAGCUUCAAAACUGACACUAAAAAGAUCGAUGGAUUGGAUGACGGCUUCCGUCAGGCAGUUCAAGAGUUCACGGCACAAAGUUCCGAAACGAAGACAUUCGUAGAUGAAAAAAUCGAUACGACAGUAAAAGAAAUUCGUGACUCCGAAGUGGUUUCCGAAGUGCAACAAUCCACACAGAAAAGUAAGGAAACUAUCGACAAGGUCGCUGACGCAGUAGCUAAGGAAACAAUUAUCAGUUCAGAGCAAGAGCAUCCUAGCGUUCAGGAAGCGUUUACUAAGGAAAGCUUCGCUAGCGUACGGGAAGAGGUCACUAGUAAAGAUAUAACCGGUACGUUGAAAGAAAGUGCGGAGAAGACAACAACUGAAGUCGAAACUGGUAUUCGGCAGGGUACUGCGCUAAUAGCAGAGAAGAUUUCUGAAAUUGGUGAAGAGUUCCGUCGAACGGAGGAAACACCUGCUAUCAAACCAGACGAUAAACCAUCCAUUGUGGAAACUGUAAAGAAAACGGUUACUCAGGAGGUGACUUCAAAGAUUCCCGUGUUUUCGAAACGUACUUCUCCGGAUGAGCCAGCGAAGCCAAAAGAAGAGCCAAAACUCGAGAAAGAGCCUGAACCGACCAAAGAAGUAACGGAACCCAUUGUUGACGCUGCUCAGACGGUUGUCAAGCAGGUCGAAGCCGCAGUAUCCAAAAUACCACGAUUCUUUGAAAGUAGCAAACCUGCUACACAAGUGCCAGAAACCACAACCGUCAAGUCACCCGAGCCUGAGGUAACCACCUCGAAGAUUCCCAUCUUCAAAGACCGUAAGGUAUCGGAGCAGGUUUCGAGCGAUUCCUGCGAGACCGUGAUCAUGCAAAAGACGCUCCACGAUCAGGAUUCGUUCCGGAAAUCGGACAGUGAUGAAAAGCAAACCGCAGUGUCCACCUUCAUCGGUGAGGAACUGUGCGAGGAAAUCACCAGCCGAGAGGCGAAGGAAGUGCUCAGCUUUACGACGAUCGACGAAACGGUGCUGAACGAGCUGAUCACCGAAGACGAACGGGCUGUGACGCCGGACGACUUCAUCGAUGAAAUCAUCGAGGAAGCUCAGGAUAAGGUCCAACAGAUUCAGGACACCGAAAUCGCCGCCUACACGCUGGAUCUGAGCAAAUCCGAAGACGAUGUGCAUGAAAAAUCUCCUCACACCAUUCCGGAAUACGUCACCGAACGUUACGAGCGAGAUUACGAAGACCACGACGAGGAGCAUGAAAAGUGGCAAGACGACGCAUACUCGGUGGUACCGGACAAUGCCUCCACGACGGAUUUCGAGGCAUUCCGAGAAUACCACUGGCUGGACACUCCGGACUCGGCGACCGCAGCGCAAACCAAGCUAACCAAGAGCGCCGCCCAAGCACAAACGUCCACCGCUCAGGGCAUAGUAUUAGCCUCAACCGAAGACUUAGACACACUGAGCCUCCAAUCACCCGACAUUGUUAACGAACGUAAACAACGAUCACAGGCGACUCAAGACGCACAAGACAUUGACGAACCGACACGGGCUUCCAAGGCACGAAAAGAUUUCAACCUAGACCUCGACUCGAACACAACUACUCGUCACAAACCCGAUAGGAAGACACAUUUCGAGACGCACUCGAACCGUGGCACAUCCCCAAUGACAGACAUCGUCGAAUCACCGGAUAGUGUACAUCAUUACGCACGUGGCGAAUCGCCAGCAAUCAAACUUGUCAUCGGUCGGAAGGAAAUCAAAACUUCCGACACUUCGGCCAUCACGGAAAGUCGAUUAACCGUCUACGGACACAAAGAUGUAGAGAUCUCAAUCAGCUCACAGUCCACCAUCAGUCUGACAACGACAACCACCUCGAAAGAUGGUCGUGAAGUCAGCUCCGAAGUAAUAAGCACCGGAACCAAUGGUAAGGACUCCACCACUACCAAACGCUACAAACAAUUCAAACUAAUAGAUGAUGACGAGGACUCGGAGCGUGUUGAGCGCAAACGCGACGAUACGGUUUCAUUCUCUAAAAAGAAAAGUGUUUACCUAUUUGGUAGUUUCGACUCCAGUAGCGAAUCUCCAAUCACAGAAGCUAGCGGGUCAGGUCACGUUACCGAUACAGGUAUUUCUUUGACAAGGGGUUUCACCGAGACCAUGACUUCCCCGGGAAUAGUGUCCUCUUCCGAAGAGAAGAACAAAAAAAUCAGCAUCGUCACAGAUACCGCGGUCGACGUAGAGAUUGAAGAGCUUGAGCUUACCGAUGCUGGCUUAAGUCCAAUACUUCCGGACGAAACGGACAUCACAGCCGAUUUCCAGAUAACUGAAGAAGACGUUCAUUUUGCACAUACUGGAACGAGCCCAGUCGACUUUGAUGAACACUCAGUAUCUGCGGCUUUAGACACCUCAGAGGCAGGUACAUUAACCGAUCGAGUAGAAACAAAAGAUGCAUCCAACAGUCCACUCGAUGCGCACGUCACAUCAAUUCUUAAACGGGAUCUCACCAAAAUGACCGACGAAGAACUACUAACAGGACGUCGCGGAUCAGGCGACGUAAAAGCCAAAAUAAAAAUUCUCGAACAGAACCAAAAAAUUCACAGCGCCCAUAGCUCACCGAAGAAGAAGGUCGAAUUCGAAGACCACCAAACGAAGCAUGGUGACAUUCAAGACUCUCCGAAAAAGCAAAAAGUUGCAUCCGCAAAAAUCAACGAACUUAAAAGAUUGUUCGGCGAAGAACAACAGCCUGAAGAGUCUAACGUCAUGUCCGAAUCCAUUCCACCCAUCCAUGAGGUGAUCAAACAACUGGAACAGCGCAUUGCCGUUGAACAAAUCGACAAAAAGGUUCUUGAACACGUGGAUGCUUCAGCUGUUCGCACUCUCCCACCUCCUGCCAUCAAAAAAGAAACAUUAACCGAUCGUGACAUAGUGGACUUGGAAGCGCAAAUAAUACCAACCGAAAAAAUCACAGCAACAAAAGCACCCAUUCUAGAUCAAACUGAAGAAGAAGUUAAAAUAACCAAACUUGUUCAUGGAGUUCAACAGCUCGGACUACGAGAACAACGCCAGCGUGAUCUACUCGCAGAAGAGAGAGAAAUCGAAGCAAUGACACAACUCGAAGAACCAGUUUGCGAAAAGAUCGUCUGCAAAAAAUAUGUGCCCGAGUUGACCGAAGACGCAAUCGAAGAAUUUGAGCAAAAACGUGCGAAUGAUCUGAUCAAAAUGUUCGAAAGUAAACAAUCCGCACCAACGGAAUCUCCACAAAAAAGUCCGAAACACACUCGAACCAAACCAGACGAAGGCCCUAAAGCACUCGUCUCGGCAAUCGAAGUCGAGAAAACCAUUCAUAGCCACGCUAUUUUGACAACAUCGGAAGAAACUCAACAAAAACGACGGUUCGUUGAACUGGAAAAAUUAGAAUCGCAAACGAGAGCAAUAGGAAAAGUGUUCAUUACGUCACAGAGACUAUCCAUGGAACAGUCGAUUGAUGAGGCAGAAAGUGAACAACAUACAGAAUCAGAAAUUGUUGCGCAAUACGAAGAAAAACUUAAACAUGGGGAAAUUUCGAAGCUUAACAGAAGUCUCCUACAAAUGUUUGACACUAGUAAGAAAUUCCAGACCUCGGAAGAGCAAAUUACAGUACAGCAGGAAAUAUUACACAAACAAGACAACGACACAACUGACAAAAUAUACAUUAGAAUCGAAAAGGUGAUAACGGUGAUCUCUAAAGCUAAGAAAACAGAAAAGGUAGAAGAUUUUGAAUCCGAGCCUGUCGAAAAGGUAGCAGUCAUCUACAAAGCCAAGACUGUCGAAGCUAAGAAACCAGCAUCGCCAGUUUCUGAACCUGCCAAGCCCGUCGAAGCUAAGGAACCGACAUCGCCAGUUGCAGAACCUGGUACAGUCGAAAAGGUGGAAAAGGUGAUAUCUGAAGCCAAGACUUUCGAAACUAAGAAACCAGCAUCGCCAGUUGCAGAACCUGGUACAGUCAAAGAGGUGGAAGAAGUGAUCUCUAAGGCCACGAUUGUCCAAGCCAAAAAACAGGCAUCGCCAGUUUCUGAGUCUAAUAAAGUCGAAAAGGUGGAAGAGGUGAUCUCUGAAGCCAAGAUAGUCGAAGAUGAGAAACCAGCAUCGCCAGAUGCUGAACCUGAUGCAGUCGAAAAGGUGGAAGAGGUGUUCUCUGACGACAAAACCGCCAAAGCUAAGAAACCAGCAUCACCAGUUACUGAACCUGAUAUAGUCGAAAAGGUGGAAGAGGUGGCAGAGUUGAUCUCUGAAGCCACGACCGUCGAAGCUAAGAAACCAGCAUCGCCAGUUGCUGAACCUGUAAAGGUAGAGGAGGAUGAAACCGAGCCUAUCGAAAAGGUACAAAUCAUCCCUGAAGCCAAGAUUGUCGAAGCUAAGAAACCAGCAUCGCCAGUGGUUGAACCUGAUGCAGUCAAAAAGGUGGAAGAGGUGAUUUCUGAAGCCACGACCGUCGAAGCUAAGAAACCAGUAUCGCCAGUUGCUGAACCUGAAAAGGUAGAAGAGGAUGAAACCGAGCCUAUCGAAAAGGUAGAAAUCAUCCCUGAAGCCAAGAUUGUCGAAACUGAGAAACCAGCAUCGCCAGUGGAAGAAGUUAUCUCCGAAGCCAAGAUUGUCGAACCUGAGAAAACAGCAUCGCCAGUUGCUGAACCUGAUACAGCCGAAAAGGUGGAAGAGGUGAUCUCUGAAGCCAAGAUUGUCGAACCUGAGAAACCAGCAUUGCCAGUUGCUGAACCUGAAAAGGAAGAAGAGGAUGGAACCGAGCCUAUUGAAAAGAUUGUCGAAGCUGAGAAACCAGCAUCGCCAGUUUCUGAACCUGAUACAGUCGGAAAGGUGGAAAAGGCGAUCUCUGAAGCCACGACCGUCAAAGCUAUGAAACUAGUAUCGCCAGUUUCUGAACCUGAUACAGUCGAAAAGGUGGAAGAGGUGAUCCUUGAAGACAAGACCGUCGAAGCUAAGAAACAAGCAUUGCCAGUUUCUGAACCUGAUACAGUCGAAAAGGUGGAAAAGGUGAUCCUUGAAGACAAGACCGUCGAAGCUAAGAAACCAGCAUCGCCAGUGGUUGAAGCUGAUACAGUCGAAAAGGUGGAAGAGGUGAUCUCUGAUGGAAAGACCGUCGAAGCUGAGAAACCAGCAUCGCCAGUUUCUGAACCUGAUACAGUCGAAAAGAUGGAAGAGGUGAUAUCUGAAGCCAAGAUUGUCGAAGCUGAGAAACCAGCAUCGCCAGUUGCUGAACCUGAUUCAGUCGAAAAGAUGGAAGAGGUGAUCUCUGAAGCCAAGACCGUCGAAGCUAUAAAAUCAGCAUCGCCAGUUUCUGAGCCUGACACAGUCGAAAAGGUGGAAGAGGUGAUCUCUGAAGCCAAGAUUGUCGAGGCUGAGAAACCAACAUCGCCUUUUGCUGAACUUGAUACUGUCGGAAAGGUGGAAGAGGUGAUCCCUGAAGUCAAGACCUUCGAAGAUAAGAAACCAGCAUCGCCAGUAUUUGAACCUAAUACAGUCGAAAAGUGGAAGAGGUGA